AUGCCUCGCCAAUCCCCGCGCAAGCGCACGACUGUGGUAUCCAAGACUGAGAUCAAGACCGAAGCGCCCACGCCGAGCACCAACGGCGCCGCCAGGGCCGUGAAGAAGACCACCACGAAGCGCAAGGUCGAGGCCGUCGUGGAAGACGAAGAGGAAGAGGAGGAGCAGGACGUCAAGGCCGAAACCAAGGCCGCCACGACCACCACCGCCACCAAGAAGCGCAAGACCACGGCCAAGGCCAAACCCGAGGACGCCAUGCCGCUCGCGCCGCGCACGGCGGUGGCCUCGCUGCAGAAGGCCAUGCACAUCGGGGCGCACGUGUCGAGCGCCGGCGGCGUGCAGAACAGCGUCACCAACGCGGUGCACAUCGGGGCCAACGCCUUCGCGCUGUUCCUCAAGUCGCAGCGCAAGUGGGCCAACCCGCCGCUGGCGCCUGAGGCUAUCCAGGCCUUCCACGCCUGCACCAAGCAGCACGGCUGGGCCGUCGACAAGCACUGCGUGCCGCACGGCUCGUACCUCGUCAACCUGGCCGCCGCCGAGCGCGCCAAGGCCGACCAAGCCUACGACGCCUUCCUCGAUGACCUGCGCCGCUGCGAGCAGCUCGGCAUCCGCCUGUACAACUUCCACCCGGGCAACACCAACGGCGAGGCGCGCGCCGAGGCCGUGGGCCGCAUCGCCGCCCAGCUCAACAAGGCCCACAAGGCCACCAGCACCGUCGUCACGGUGCUGGAGAACAUGGCCGGCCAGGGCAACGUGGUGGGUUCGACGUGGGAGGACCUGCGCGACAUCAUCGCGCUGGUGGAGGACAAGAGCCGGGUCGGCGUGUGCAUCGACACGUGCCACGCCUUCGCGGCGGGCUACGACCUGCGCAGCCCCGAGGCGUUCCGGGACACGGUAGGGCGGUUCAACGACGUGGUCGGGGCCGGGUACCUGCGCGCGUUCCACAUCAACGACAGCAAGGCGCCGCUGGGCUCGCACCGCGACCUGCACGCCAACAUCGGCACGGGGUUCCUGGGCCUGCGCGCCUUCCACAACGUUGUGAACCACGAUGCCUUCGCCGGCCUGCCCAUGGUCCUCGAGACGCCCAUCGACCGCAAGGGCCCCGACGGCAAGACGGUCGAGGACAAGCAGGUCUGGGCCGACGAGAUCAAGCUGCUCGAGAGCCUGGUCGGCAUGGACCCGGAGGGAGAGGAGUUCCAGGCGCUCGAGAAGAAGCUGCAGGCGCAGGGCGCGAGCGAGCGGAACAAGAUCCAGGAGCAGGUCGAUCGCAAGGCCGCGCAGGACGCGAAGAAGGGCACCAGGGGCAAAGCGGCCAAAGGCAAGAAGGGGAAGAAAAAGGCCGAGUCGGACGAGGAGAGCGGGUUAGAUUAG